AAUUAAAUUAAAUUAAAAUUUUAAUAUGUAGCAGAUUAGUAAAGAAAAAGAGUAGUAAUAUCAAUAGUAUAUGGAGUUGGAGAAAGAAGUUAUGAGUACUUUGGCUAAAGUCAGACAAUAUGAAGCUUCAAUGACUUAACUCAAAAGAAACAUAUAAAAAUGCCAAAUUACAUUAAAAGAACUUGGCAGUGUUGAAGAAUAAAAGACUUUUUAACCUGUUGGUAAAUGGUAAUUGAUUUUAUCUAAUUUAGUUUUAUUCUUAAACCCAAAAAAGAUAUUGCAAAUGAAGUUAUUGAAAUCAUUAAAUCACAUGAAAAAGAUAUUGAUGAAUAUGAAAAAGUCAGAUAACAUUUAAUUACCAAAGGAAAAGAAAAAGAAACAUAAUUAUAAGAAGCCAUGAAAGCAUUAAAAAUUUGAAUUAUUC